GGUCAAAGGGUCGAAACAUUAACCCCUCAUAUCUCUCAACCCACUAAAGCCUUGGCUGCUCAUCUGUGGCUGUUGUAUAGCAUUUCACUCCCCACCAUCACCACCAUCAUCAUCAUCGCCACCACAACCAUAUUAGGUGUCUCUGAGAUUCAGUUGGAUUUGAUCUUGAGCCACCCCUUUACGCAGCAAAUGCCCAAAUCUCAUACCCAUUCAUGAAUGGAGUCCUCACCGCCGUCCGGUGUCCCAAGAUGAUGAGAAAACUGAUGGCGGCCAUUGUCAGCCCAGUUGAGCCUCUCCUCCUCAAACCCAUAUCCUCCAUUGCUCCUCUUCCCUCAGAACCAGAGCCUUUCGAUCUCUCUUCUCAGCUGCACACCAUCCUCUCUCGCCCAAAUUGGCAGAAGCAUCCAUCGCUCAAAAAGCUUGUUCCUUCUAUUUCCCCAUCCCAUGUCUGUUCUCUUUUCUCACUCAAUCUCGACCCAAAAACUGCUUUGGGUUUCUUCAAUUGGAUUGCCGAAAGACCUGGGUUCAAACACAAUGUUUACUCUCACUCUUCGUUGCUGAAUAUUCUGAUCCCAAAUGGGUUCUUUCGGGUCGCUGAAAGGAUCCGGCUUUCGAUGAUUAAAGCUUGUGGUUCGGUUGAAGAUACAAGAUUCGUAUUGGAAGUGUUGCGAAGGAUGAAUAGGGAUUCGGAAUUCGAGUUUAAGCUCACACUCAGGUGCUACAACACACUUUUGAUGUCAUUAUCUAAGUUUCUUAUGAUUGAUGAAUUGAAAAAUGUGUACUUAGAGAUGUUAAACGAUAUGAUUUCUCCGAAUAUUUAUACAUUUAAUACAAUGGUUAAUGCUUAUUGUAAGCUUGGGAAUAUGGUUGAGACUGAUUUGUAUAUCAGUAAAAUAGUUCAGGCGGGUUUAAGCCCGGAUACAUUUACGUUUACCUCUUUGAUAUUGGGCCAUUGUAGGAAUAAGGAUGUAGAUAGUGCUUAUAAGGUCUUUCAGAUCAUGCCGCAUAAGGGUUGUCGAAGGAAUGAGGUUUCCUACACAAAUCUUAUUCAUGGGCUUUGUGAAGCUCACCGGGUGGAUGAGGCUUUCAAAUUGUUCCACCAAAUGGAGGAAGAUAAUUGCUUUCCCACUGUGAGAACAUUCACAGUUCUUAUACGUGCAUCGUGUGGAUUGGAUAGGAAGUUAGAUUUGUUUCAAAUGAUGACAGAUAAGGGUUGUGAGCCUAAUGUUCACACUUACACUGUGCUUAUUGAUAGUAUGUGCAAGGAAAAAAAGCUUGAUGAGGCUAGAAAGAUGCUAAAUGGGAUGUUGGAGAAACUGUUGGCUCCUAGUGUGGUAACAUACAAUGCUUUGAUUGAUGGGUAUUGCAAGCAGGAAAAAGUUGAGGCUGCUUUUGAAAUUUUGAGUUUGAUGGAAUCAAACAAAUGUUUCCCUAAUGCUCGAACAUUCAAUGAAUUGAUUUGUGGGUUAUGUAAAAGGAAGAAUGUGCACAAAGCAAUGGCAUUACUGAGUCAAAUGCUUGACCGAAAGUUGUCACCAAGCCUCAUCACAUAUAACACUUUAAUCCAUGGGCAGUGUAAAGCAGGUCAUAUUGAUAGUGCUUAUAGACUGCUUAAUUUAAUGGAGAAAAGUGAUUUGUUUCCUGACCAGUGGACUUACAGUGGUUUUAUAGAUGCUCUCUGUAAAAGGGAAAGAUUAGAUGAAGCUUGUGCCCUAUUUGAUUCUCUCCAGGGUAAAGGCAUAAAGUCAAAUGAAGUGAUGUAUACUGCUUUGAUUGAUGGGUACUGCAAGGGUGGAAAAAUCAAGGAAGCCUAUUCUUUAUUUGAUAGAAUGCUUAGUGAUGACUGUUUGCCGAACUUACAUACUUAUAAUGUCUUGAUUGAUGGUCUCUGCAAAGAGAAAAAACUGGAGGAAGCAUUAUUAUUAGUGGAAAAGAUGUCAAGUAUGGGUCUGAAGCCAACAGUUCUUACUUGUACAAGUCUCAUUAAAGGAAUGUUGAAAGAAGGUCGCUUUGCUGAUGCCCAUAAGGUUUUAAACCAGAUGAUUUUGGACGGUAAUCAGCCAGAUGUAUUUACUUACACUACAUUUAUCCAUGCAUAUUGCAGUGUAGGGAAAUUAGAAGAAGCUGAGGAUUUAAUGGAUAAAAUGAAUAAAGAAGGAGUUGUUCCAGAUUCGUUGGCUUACACAUUAUUAAUCAAUGCAUAUGGACGGCUAGGAUUAGUAGAUCGUGCAUUUGAUGUUCUUAAGCGCAUGUUUGAUGCUUGCUGCGAGCCUUCUCAUUUUACCUAUUCUUUUCUAAUCAAACAUUUCACAAAUGACAAGGGAACGAAGGAAGAGAGUAGUAUGGGACUAGAUUUGAUUUCAGAUGUCUUUAAUAUUGAUAUUGUUGAUGUCUGGAAGAUAAUGGAAUUUGAAGUUGCUUUGGAACUUUUUGAGAGAAUGGAAAAACAUGGUUGUGAACCUAAUAUGAGCACUUAUGCCAAGCUUAUCAUAGGGCUUUGCAAAGAGAGGAGGCUGGAAGUAGCGAAAAAGUUGUUUGAUCACAUGAGAGAAAGAGGAAUGUCUCCCACAGAGGAUAUCUGUAACUCUCUUUUUAAUUGCUGCUGUGAGUUGAAGGUGUAUGGGGAAGCAAUGAAAUUGGUGGAUACUAUGAUUGAGAAUGGUCAUUUUCCGUCACUGGAGUCUGCCACGAUGCUUGUUUGUGGCCUAUAUGAUGAGGAGAGUAGUGAGAAAGCGAAAUCUGCUUUUCGUAGUCUGCUACGGUGCAGCUAUAAUUCUGAUGAAGUGGCUUGGAAACUUCUCAUUGAUGGCUUACUUAAGAGAGGUCUUGUAGAUAGAUGCUCUGAACUUCUAGGAAUAAUGGAGAAGAUGGGUUGCCAUCUUCAUCCUCAGACGUACUCAAUGUUAAUUGAGGGAAUGGAUGGAACAUAAAUUAUUGAUACCCAUUAGAUUUUACUGGAUUUGGUUUUCAUCUUUGAAGAAGAGGGCUUUUCCAUUGCUAUUGCAUUUUGGUGAUGGAGAAUGCAGAUUAAGUACUGAUUCUUUGACACACAACCCCCAAAUAAAUAAACUGAAAAUUUGCUUUAAUCAAAAAACUUGUCCAACUGUAAACGUGCAAGAUGCUGUUCUGCUACAGACUCAAAUAUUUGGAGUUUCUGCAGCUGAUUUUGGAAAGUAUUCACAGUUUCUUGGAGAUGACAA